UCGAUAUCCUUUCUCAGAGAAGGUCGCACGUCGCAGAAGCUAGUGGACAAGAACUGUGGGUCGAAACUUCAUUGUAGCUCAAUAUGCUUGGCCAGGCUGUUCGGCGAUUUACCACUUCUGCGGUCCGUGGAAGCCACUAUGCAGAAGGACCAGGAAAGAACCUGCCAUUCUCUGUUGACAACAAGUGGAGGCUGCUGGGAAUGAUGGUGGUGUUCUUCGGCAGUGGCUUUGCUUUCCCCUUCAUUGUCGUCAGACACCAGCUCUUGAAGAAGUGAAGCGUCGACGCCCCUCACGACUUAACCAGGUCUGCUUCAUGGUGGAAUAUAUUUAAUCUGCUGAACUCUCUUCAUAACGAAGAAUGGGGAUCCCUUCAUUGUCUUUGUAAAUAAAAUGAAUCUAAACAGACUUUGAAACGUU